AUGAGUAGAAAUAACAGUAGUCGCAACAGCAGUAAUGGCGGCUCCAGCCGUCGUGGCCCCCGUCGGGAGCAGAAGAAGAACAUGGACUACGAGGCGCGAGUCACGCGUAACGGAGUAUCCGCCAAUCAUCUGCUCAAUUUCUCCAUGCCUGAACGUGAGCGCCAGGUGCACCAUCACCAGAAGAAGACGAAAAGCUCGACACCACGCACUCAGAGCGAGUACCUCCAUGCCAACUACCGAUUCGUGAUAGCUCCACUUGACCGUGAUACCAUCGUACCGACGUGGGAUCUUGAAGCUCUCACUGAAUGGUCAUCGGUCGAGCAGGUUUUACUGUGGUAUGACGUCGGAAGUCCCCAGACUUGUCCGAUCUGCAUGGACACGUUUCGAGCACCGAAAAUCACCAAAUGUGGGCCACCUGGGCCGUGUAUUCUACGGUAUUUGUCAAUGUCGGAGAAAUACUGGCGUCGCUGUCCCAUGUGCUUUGAGUCUGUUCAAAAGGGACAUUUACGCAGUGUACAGCUCCAACAACUGCAAAUCCCUCCCCACGUAAGCAGCGACGUCACUUUCCAAUUCUUGGAACGUCCCAAGUCCAGCAUGUUCCCUCAGCUCCGUGUACUCCCGACAGCAGAAGACAAGAGUGAACAUGCUGCGUCUUCUCAUGCCACUCAGUCUUCUCCCGAAGCUGCUGCUUUUGCUGCACGUAAACGCUCUCGGAAACUGCCGAAUGUGGACGAUGCUGAUGCGAUAUACUCACGUAUCUUGGAGGCGACGCUUGAAUAUUUACGGGAACUCUUGUACUCGGAGAUGCGCGAUCUCCAGUCAAUGGACACGGAAUUCCGCAGUAGUGGCGACGUAGACAACCUCCCUUUUGUGGAAGAAGCCAUGCGGAACACAUCUGGACGCUUGGCCAAGAGUGACGACUUCAGUCACGGCACUUAUCGCCAAGCUAACAGUACGAACAACUCGACUACUGGGAAGAAGAACACACCCAAGGACAGCGACAGUGGAGACACGUACUCGUUCUACCAGAUCGCGGAUGGAACGUACGUGGUUCUACAUCCUUUAAACAUGAAGUGUUUGAUGAAGGAAUACUCGGACGAACAUCAAGAACAUGGGGAAGACACUCAGUUGACUGCGUGGACUGAGAGUUCGUCUGUGAGCUCGGAGCUGCUUCCGGUGGAUCGCUAUCGCAUGUUACCGGAACGUAUUCACGGGAAAAUACUGGAUAUCGAGCACGUGGUCCUGGACGAAGAAGCACAGAAACGUUACCGCUUCUUGAGUCACUUGCCGCGGUUCUGCGAUUUCUACAUUUGCGAACUCGAUCUGACGUCGCACCUCUCGUCGUCGACUCUUAAUGCGUUCCGCAAUGACCUUAAGAAACGCGCUAAGCAGAGGAAACAUAAACACAAGCAGAGUGCGCCGACUCCUGCGUCUCCGAUCUUUAAGAGGAACGCAGACGCCUUUUCUAUAGAGCAAGAAGGGAUGAUGUGGCCGUCGCCUUACGAGCAAGCGCUGGCUGAGUCGCUGGAGGAAUUCAAUCUGAGUAACACGAGUGUUGAGCUUGAAGCGGAGCAUACAGAGGCGGACGAGGAGCAAUCGUUCGCUAGAGUGACGGAGAACUCGGGAUACUUCCCCGCGCUUGGAGGAGCUGCUCCAAUUGAGCCCAGACCGCAUGUUACGGAUCCCAUAGCGUUCGGCUCGCCGUCUGCGUGGGGGAACACGUCGACUAGUCCUCCUGCAGUGGCUUGGGGCUCCGGCAAGGGUGCCAAGAAGAAGGCAGGCAAGAAGGGCGUCUCGGUCUUCUCCACUACGCAACGCCGUUCGUACCGUUGA